ACCAUGCAGGACCGGCCCCUGAUUGGUUCGGUGAAGGCUGGAAUAAACACUCUCGGGGUAUAUAUAUUGGCGUGAAGGUGUGACUCUUCUAAGAAACGAGAAACUCCCAAGAUAAUAAAGAAGAGCUGCAGUGAAAAACCUGAUUUUUUUUUUACGUAAUUUUUAAAACAAACCGACAGAUUUGAGGAUGAGGGCGCAGAUCCAAAAAGUUCCUCAGAUCGUGGAGCUGCUGAAAAACAAGUCAGUGGGGCUGCAGCACUUCAAACCCACAUCCUCAGUGUGCGUCCUGGAGGAGAAGGAUGCUGUGGAGGCUGCGCGCUGCCCGCACGCUGACUUCAGAGCGCACAGCCUGGACGCGAUCCCAGGACCCACCAACUGGCCCCUGGUGGGCAGUCUGGUUGAACUUCUGAGGAAAGGAGGUUUGACAAGGCAGCACGAGGCUCUGGUCGAUUAUCAUAAGAAAUUUGGAAAGAUUUUCCGCUUGAAGCUGGGCUCCUUUGAGUCGGUGCACAUUGGCGCACCUUGCUUGUUGGAGGCACUCUACAGGAAGGAGGGAAACUACCCUCAGAGGCUGGAGAUCAAACCGUGGACAGCAUACAGAGACAUGAGAGACGAGGCGUACGGACUCCUCAUCCUGGAGGGAGAGGACUGGCAGAGAGUGAGGAGCGCCUUUCAGCACAAACUCAUGAAGCCAACUGAGGUAGUGAAGCUGGAUCGCAAAAUAAACCAGGUUUUGGUUGACUUCGUUGGAAGAAUUGGCAAAAUGAACGUGGAAGGAAAGAUUGAUGACUUGUACUUCGAGCUGAAUAAGUGGUCGUUUGAGACCAUCUGCCUUGUCCUCUACGACAAGAGAUUCGGUCUGCUGCAGGAGAAAGUCAACGAGGAAGCCAUGAACUUCAUCACAGCCGUGAAAACAAUGAUGAGCACGUUUGGCAUGAUGAUGGUCACACCUGUGGAGCUGCACAAGGGCCUCAACACCAAAACAUGGCAGGACCACACCGCAGCCUGGGAUCGCAUUUUCAGCACAGCCAAAGUCUACAUUGACAAGAAGCUGAAGAGGAACGCAGUCAGAGCUCCUGAUGACUUAAUCGGUGACAUCUUACACAACAGCUGUCUCUCUAAGAAGGAGCUGUACGCGGCCAUCACUGAGCUACAGAUUGGAGGAGUGGAGACGACUGCCAACAGUAUGCUUUGGGCUAUUUUCAACCUGUCACGUAACCCCGGCGCCCAGAGGAAGUUGCUGGAGGAGAUUAAAGAAAUGGUGCCUCCCGACCAGGACCCGUGUGGAGAGCACAUCAAGAACAUGCCCUACCUCAAAGCCUGCCUCAAGGAGUCUAUGAGGUUAUCGCCAUCAGUCCCAUUCACCAGCAGGACCCUGGACAAAGACACUGUGUUGGGGGAUUAUGCCAUUCCCAAAGGAACAGUUUUGAUGAUAAACACCCAUGCACUGGGCUCCAAUGAAGAGUACUUUGAUGAUGGAAAGCAGUUCAAACCUGAGCGCUGGCUGCGAGAGAACUUCACCAUCAACCCCUUUGCACACGUUCCCUUUGGCAUCGGAAAGAGGAUGUGCAUCGGCCGACGGCUGGCGGAGCUGCAGCUGCAGCUGGCAAUGUGCUGGUUGGUGAGAGAAUAUGAGAUUGUGGCAACAGAUAACGAACCACUCGAUGUGAUCCAUUCAGGGCUUUUGGUUCCCAACAGAGAACUGCCUGUGGCCUUCAUCAGGAGAUGAGGCUCCAUAUUCACCACUUCUGCAUGUAAAGACAGAAAGAUGAUACCUCUGUUGGCCCUGAUGGUCCAGUGACUCCUUGUAUUGCUGCUCUGUAAAUAGGAAAAACACAAAUUAUGCUACAUGUAAUCAUGCCGUAAAUACCUCAGACUUAUUUAAAACUAUUACUUAUGACUGUUAAUGACUGACCAAAAUACCAGUUGUUAUGUACAAAUUGAAUGUUGGACCAAGGCAGCUGUCCUCAAAUCUUAAUGUAAUGUCUUCACCUCAGACAUGUGUGUAAAUGUCAAACUAUUACUUUACUUGUUUAAUAACUUUAUAUAUAUAUAUACAUAUAUAUAUAUAUACAUAUACAUAUAUCUAUAUCUAUAUAUAGAU